CAAAACUAAGAAGCGUGAAAUUUGAAUAAUGUGUUAAAGUAUUUCAAAGUUUUGAAAAUUUGUAAUAUAAAAUCAGAGUUAAUGUCAUGUUCUCGAAUGUAAGGAAUUGUGGUGCCGAAAAAUUGCAUAUAAAACGACUGAAAUAUCGUUAAUCUAGUCAAAUUAAUAGUUAAUGGCAAACUAAAUCAUUAUGAAAGUAAAUCCUUGAAAUUUCUAGAUGUGUUCAUACGUCUAUGAUGGCUAAUCACAAUAGAAGUAAAUUAAGCGCGAAUGAUGUCAAACUUUCAAAACUGCUUUCUUGGUUAUUAAGACAUGGAGCUGAAAAAGUGGGAUUAUCUCUAGAUGAUGGAGGAUUUGUUGACCUGGAUAAAAUAUUAAAAUUAGAUCAAUUUCAGAAAUAUAGUGUUGAUGAUAUAGUCAGAGUUGUGGAACAAAACGAUAAAAAACGAUUUACUUUACGUUGCAAAGGUGAUAAAAAUAUAUUGCAGAUCAGAGCAAAUCAAGGACAUUCGCUUAAAGUUGACGAAGAAGGCUUAUUGGGCGUGCUAACUUUAGAUAAUAUACCUUCUGUUAUCUAUCAUGGCACUUAUUUUUCGAAAAUUAAGAAUAUUAAAGCUUCUGGACUUAGCCGAAUGAAGAGAAAUCAUAUUCAUUUUACUGACAAAUUUCCAGGAGAGGAAGGAGUUAUUAGUGGAAUACGAAACAGUUGCGAAAUUGUAAUUGUAGUUGAUGCAAUUAAAGCAAUUAAAGAUGGAUUUAAGUUUUAUAUAUCAGAUAAUGGUGUUAUAUUAUGCUCUGGGAAUGCAGAGGGUUUAUUACCUUCAAUGUAUUUUAAAGAAAUCUGGCAGCUGAAACCUUCAAAAAAGUUACUUAGUUAUUAAAACUGAGCAAAAUUUACUGAAUAUAAUUUCAAGAGUUUAAUAUUGUUAUGAGAUGCUGCUAGUGGGUUUCUUGAAGUAAAAUAUAUAAUCAUGUAGAUUUUUAAGAAUUGAUUGUUUCUGAGUGUUGAAUUUGUCUUAAAUGGAAUUCUUAAUUAAUGGUUCUUUAAUAUUUGAUUAACAGUUUUUUGCAUUCAAAACUUGCCUGCAUUCAUUUUAUUCUUAUAAGUUAAGUUUUUUGUAAUUAUAUUAUAGAAAAAUGUCAUUUGUUAGAGAAUCCCUUUUUAUUCAAAUAUUAGUGUUCACUUCAUAAACUUAUUUUCUUUUAAAAUGCAUAAAAUUUGUAAUAUAAAAUCAGAGUUAAUGUCAUGUUCUCGAAUGUAAGGAAUUGUGGUGCCGAAAAAUUGCAUAUAAAACGACUGAAAUAUCGUUAGUAUUAUAAUAUUUUCUUCUGUAUAGACUAAAUCUAUAUAUCCAUAAUUUUUUAUAAUUUUCUUAGUCUUACCAUAAAGAGAAGUUUGAUAAAAUCCUAGUAUACGUUACGGCCUUGGCAAGAUUUUGAAAAUUGUCAUCAACAUCAAAGUGACUCAUUUACUGCUCAUCAUAAAUUCCACAUUUACUACUCAUCAUAAUGUUGCCAAAAGUCAUCAAAUCCCAUGUGUACCGUAUACUAGAAUUAAACCAGAAAUUUAAUAGAGGAGAGUGUUUCUUUAUUUUGUGUUUUGACUACAGAGGCAUAGCUAGAGAGGGACAUCUGUUCUUGUUUGCAACAUCCAGGGGGUGCCAAAUUGAUGUUGGGAAUUUUUAAAAUGAAAUGUUUUCCAUUCUUGGUAAACAGGAUGAAGCACAAAAUUUUCAGUUGUCCCCCAGGUGCUACACCCUAGCUACAGUUCUGUAUGACCAAAACUGUUAUGUUUUUAAACAUGUAUAUCUAAAGUUCAUUUUUUUUUUUUUUUUUCCUUUCAUCUGUACACUCAUGGAUUAAAUAAUUUUAUUAUUAUACCCCAUUAUGAAGUUUGUAGCACUGCAGGCAUGUCAGUGUUCACCAAAGUAGAUAAAGGUGCUGGCACCAUAUAAAGAGUUUGUACUGUUUUGUUAUCAGGACCAUAUUCAGGAAUGUAUGUAUGUAUGCAUGAGUAUUUGUAUGUACAUGCACACUCAUACAUACGUACUUGCAUAUAUACAUGCAUAUCUACAUACAUUUCUGAAUCCAGUCCAGAUAACAGAAUAUUUCAUAGUUAUAGGAAUUAACUAAUAUGGUAAUUGGUCUGAACUUUGUUGUUUUUGUGAAUGAGAAAAAAAAAUUUCUUGCCAUAUUAUGAAGUGAAAUUGGUCAGCCCUGAUUUGUAGUUAUUUUUAGGAAUCUGAAUUUCGAAUCUCAUCACAUAUUACGUAUAAAGUGUGAAUUCUGUACUCCUUCUGCAAGUUAUUGAAGAUUAUAUCAUUUGAAUCUCAUUAUUAAAUAUAAAUUAUGCAGAGAUAGUCAUUAGUUUUGGAUACCUCAUUUUACGAAAUUACCUUUGAUAGUGAAGAGCUCUUGAGCCUAAGUCAGAAAAACUUGCUAUCAAAUUUUGAAUUAAGACUUUAUGUAUGUAAGUGUUUUUCCAGUAUUAUUUACCAGUUAAAAAAAUUAACUAGAAAUAAAUAAAAUUAAGUAUAAAGUCAGUGCUAUUUUAUUACUAGAUUUAUUUAAUGUACUUUGUGAUAUAUUUAUUUCUAAACUUAAUAAAGGUGUAUAUAUAUAUAUAUAUACACCUUUAUUUUUAUAAACCAAAAGCAUUUAUAAAAGUAUUCAGUCCUCUGCUAUAGUAAAAACUAUGAACUGCAUCAUAAACAAAUUGAUAAAUAAUUCUAGUAUUGUUCUAUAGUGGUAUUAUUUUAGUAAAGUGUUAAGUUUGUUGUUGUUUCAAAUAGAUAUCUUUUUAUAUAUUCACUAUCAGUAGAAUUCCCUGCCAGUGGCCUUUCAGCUUAUCUUUAGGGAUGUUAUAAUUUUUUUAUGUCUUUACAGCUCAUUUUGUUUUUAGGUAUGAGACAUUAUUUUCACUUAAAAUUGUAUGUUUCAAUAGAUUAAGCAAGUCUAAUUAUGCAACUUUUGAAUUUCUCUUCUAAAUUAAAUACAUAAAGAUAUUUAGAAAUAAUAAUAAUUAUUUCUAAUAUUUAUAACUGAAAAGCUGAAAGAAGCUGUUAUAUAAUUCGAAAUAUAUAAUGAAAUUUGUAAUAUGAAUGUUUAGAUUAAUAAAAAAUAAUAGGUAUGUUAUUAUAAAGAAAGAAUGGUACUUUUGCAAUGGCCUUGGCAAGAAAGUGGAUUCUAUGCAUUUUUGCAUUGGGGAGAAAUAAACUGUUUUUCAUACUUGCAUUGUUCAAUAUCAUGUUUUUUCCUUGUUAAAAUAUCCAUUAUGCAUACUAUUAUUACCCCUUCGUCAUUGGAAAAUAAGCUGCAGUUGAUGUUUGAGGCAUUUAUUAGCUGUAAUUACUAAACUGUGACUACUAGAAAAAAUUUUUUAAAUAAAUUUUCCGGUGUGUUUUGUUUAUGUAUGAUGGUUUUUAAUAAAUAGCUAACAAAAUUACAGUAAAUAAAAUAAUAAAUAUAAUAUUCCAGUAUGUUUAUGUGUGUA